UUACUCCUCACACUUUCACUACAGCUCCACUAGGACUUACUACUUUCUCUGAAAGCUCAGCAAACCACUGCAGCUGAUCUUUUUGUGUUUCUUACCUAUUUAUUACACUAGCAAAUUAGUUAUGGCAUUUUUACCCAGAGCCCUUCUUCUGCUGCUGCUUGCAGUAGUUUGUAUCCAACUGAGUGGAGUCCUAGCUGAUGGACCUGACAGGUGCUGGUGUUUGAAUAGUUUGAAGAAACGUGUCCCAAGAGAAGAAAUUGAAGAAUUCUCUAUUUUCCCCCGAAGAUCAAAGUGUGACAACGUUGAAAUCAUAUUGACACUAAAACCUGUGAAUAACUCCACUGAAGUCGUCCAGCGCUGCUUGAGUCCAGAAACAAAACAAGGAAUUAACCUGCAGGCUUGCUGGAACAAGAAGAACACCAACAACACUUCCCCAUUUAAGAUAUCCAACUGCUUCUAAAGUGCAGAAGAGCACGGGAGGACAGAAGGGGGGAUCUGGAAACUCUAGAAACCCUGUAAGUGGAAUGUCUGUCAUAUGACCCCGCACUGGCCAAUCAGAAUCCUGGGUUUUGAGUGUUGGCCUCAUGCAGCUGAUGGGAAAAUCACAGAAGACCUGAAAACACCCGGAGCACUGCCAGUAACCGCCGGACGCAGAUGUUGUCGGCAAAAGCAUUUGGAUUAGAAUUCACUUACUGUAUGACUGAAGCACUGAACGUAUCAUUACUCCAAACAGUAUUUAAAUGGUUUUAUAAUUUAACUUAUUUUAUAAUGUCAAAAGUUAAAAUGUGUUUGACUAUUUUUGUCUGACAAGGCCCUUUAAUGUCAUAUGUGAUGUGUUAGAACUGACUGAGUCACAUUACAAUGUUUCUUUGACAUUACAUUUUAUAACACAUGAAAUACAUUUUGAGGCUACCAAACAAAAUAUUUUCAUAAUGGAAGCUACUUUAUACAGUUUUGCAAUAAAAGCCAAUUUCAAGUUA